UCCCAAAAUCACAAAUAACAAUUUGUAAAACUUUGAGGGGAAUUUUACGAAUUUUUUAACCACAUGACCAGAAUGAAUUGCGUGUUGUAGAUAGAAUAUAAAAGCAUUACAAAGAGAUUGCGCUUUCUAAGUUUUGCAGCCUUAUAUCUAUGUGUUUAACAAUGUCUAAUGUAUGAAGUGAUGCUGCCUAGAGGUUUUGCUUGCAUAUUUCAAUAGAUCCACUAUGGAACAAUUGUUUGUGUUGUUUCUGUGUAUCACUCAACAUGUAGCAACCGAUCCCUGUGAUACAGCUGUUGCCUUAAAUAACUUACAGAAAAGACAACCAGGUUAUCCGAUGGACGCUACACCCCUCUGUGAUUAUUCCAUAAAAACUGGAUGGUAUUCCGUCGGCUCCUAUACCAUACCUACAACACCACCAGGCUUGGCAUCCUGUGGAACCUUAUACCCUUAUUGGACCAGAGAUGACCCCCCAACAACCCAGAAUGAUGUUGCUACCAUCACUGUAUGUAAAGUUGGAUUUGCUGAUGCUUGCACCAAAAGUCACAAAAUUCGCGUCAAAAAAUGCAAUCCACACCUGGUUUUUGAACUUGCACCAACGUCAUCCUGCAACUCAGCUUACUGCUUUGAAAGCACAAGUAUAUGCAUUUUGGACAAAGUUACAGACGUGUCCGUGUCAUUUCAUAGUGUGGAAUGGAGAACAGACGCUAGUAAACCGCCUGUCGUCCAACACGACCCCGACUUCAAUUUAAUCUGUAAUUUUUCACCUUUGAACAUGCCAAACGUGUUAUACAAAAUAACAUGGUAUAUUAACAGUACAGAAAUCCCGAUGCAACAGGUUGUAUCUGCCGACACGAGAGAAAAUGCGACGUUGUCAGCAAAAGAUAUGUUACGAUACAACAUAAAAAAACUCAAUGUCUUUAUACAUUGCACUGUCGGGGCGGUGACACAGAAUACAGAUACACCAUGUGCCUUAGCGGAAAGUCCGUUAUUCUUCGCCGGAAUCAAGAUCCUAAGUAGUCUUCCCAUUACAAUGAAACGUGGAGGAAGUGCGAUUAUUCAACUACAACCUACUGUGCCAUUCGUAUCUGAGAUUCUGGUCAUAGGAAAUAUAGUGGUUUCUGAAUUACCCGUGGCACUAGACGUGCGUGUAGGUGACACAAAGUGUCAAUCCCAAACAACUGUAAAUGGUCAUAGUUGUUCAGAGACCAUCAAGGGUUAUACAUACCAAAAUAGGAUCCAAUACCAAACGCCUGCAAACUGGAACGGAGUAGUGAACUAUACGAUUGUGAACCAAAACACCGCAGCAUUUAGCAUUGCGCAUUCUGUUACGCUGCAGCUUACUACAAGCAGUGGUCAUGGCACUGUGGGACAGAUGUUUGGAGCACUAUCUUUUCCUGAUCUCCCGAUUCAGGUUGUUGAAGACGUUCACAGUUGGAAGGGAAAACAUUGCUUCGCUAAUACAGAUCCUCACAUGAAAACCUUUGAUAAUAUUGAGUACGAAUGUCAAUUGGAUGGGAAAUUUGUGCUCUACAGAAACAGAGACAGUAAUCAGGAGGUGCAAGUUCAGCACAAACUGUGUUACCAUCUGUACUCUGGCCCUCGAUGUAUCUGCGCUGUUGCUGUUCGAGCAGGACGACAGAUAUUUACUAUUGAUAUAUGUAACGGUCAACGAUACAUAAACUUUCCUUUGUGCGACGACAAAGUUUUAAGAGUGGUCCGCGAACAAGACAAAUUAUACAAGGUCUAUUUACCAAGUGGAACAACCGUCCAAAUAUCGAUUAGAGAAUGGCCGUCGGGCACUGGAACAAUGCAACUGGAUGUAACAAUAUGGCCAUCUGCAGCAGAUGAAGGAAAAACGUCUGGUCUUUGUGGAAUACUAGACAACACCAUUAAUAAUGACUUUACAAGACGAAAUGGGCAAAAAGAUCCUAUUGUAAAAUACCCUGAUGGGUUUUCCAAUUCAUGGCUGGUGGAACCCAUUGAAGAUAUAUUUGACAAGGAUAUAAGUGAAUACGGGUUUCUUGUUUCCAUGAGAACCACCAAUCGACUUUUAUGUGAAUGUGAUCCAGCGGCAAAACAAACAUUUUGCACGUACACUCCGGGGAGAACAUGUCAUUAUAAACGUGGGGAAGAAUUGCCAUGCUUCGUGUUUGGUGAAAAUAAUUUUGAUAAAAGGCGUAAAAGGGAUGUAAGCGAGUUGAACAUCAAACAACAAAGCAGACAUGCACAUAAGAUCAAUCGGCGUCAAACAGUGUUUCCAGUUUCUUGGGAAGAUGCGGAAAGAAUUUGCGAUGACGCCUUCAUGGAGUCCUCUAUGUAUCUAAUAUGCCUUCAAUCUGUGCCGAAUUUCUCUAAUACCUCGUUAGAAAACUGCAUAUUGGAUAUAAUGAUGACAGGCGAUGAUAACAUCACUAGAAUUCACAUAGAAGCUGCAUUGGAGCAGUGUACCAAUUUUAUUGUAUUGAACACUACUCUACAAGAAGAGGAACCGGAAAUAACAUAUCAACUGACGCACCUUUGUCCAGGCAAUUGUAGUGGGAAUGGUUACUGCAAUGAUGGAAACUGUACCUGUACCAGUGGAUUUGCCGGAAGUGACUGUUCUUUUGAUACAACUGGACCUCCAACAAUUACAGGGACGUCUUAUAACAUCUGUGACAAGAAUAAACAGGAUUGUGAUGCACUAUAUUUCUACGGGGGCUAUUUCCUAGAAAAUAUGGGGGCAAUGUGUUACAUCAGAAAGAGUGAGAUAAACCUUGACGGUAGCGUGGAAUCGUCCGAUAUGUACACCAUCAAUCUUCAGGAACAGACCUUGUUCAUGGGAUCCUGCGAGCUCAGGAACUCCUCUGGUGGUUACUGGAUCACUGAUUUCACCAUUAACAUUACCGUGGACGGCGAGCAUUUCACUGACGAAUAUAAUGUCACUGUCUAUAAUUCAUUAUGUCAGCAACAUCAUACCGACAGUGGCAAUGUAUAUUUCACACUAAAGAGCGGCUAUUGCUUUAUAGAGGAGACCAGCUCUUGCAUCGCUGAGGGAGAAUCGAACGAACCUGACUAUUGUCAAAUUUGUAAUACAUCCGCAAAUUCAUUUAAUUGGACAUAUAAUGCAGCAUGCAUCAAUCAAGCAUCAAACUCUUCUCAGAAUGCAACAUCAAUAGCGAGCUCGUUCACAACAACUGUAUCCACAACAACCGUAUCCACAACAACUAGCCCCGACACUAUAACAGAAUCAACAACGACACCAUCUACUCUGAUAACAUCUUCAACAGCUCUAUCAACAACAGUGGCAACUUCAAAAACUAUAUUAACAAAACCUUCAACAACAACUUCCACAACACAACAACCAACAACUUCCACAGCAACACUAUCACCAACUUCUACAACAUCAACUUCAACAAUACCAUCAACAACUUCUACAACAUUAACUUCAACAACUUCCACAACACCAUCAACAACUGCCACAACAAAACCGUCAUCAACUUCCACAACAUCAGCAUCGGCAACUUCCACAUCCCCAUCAACAACUUCUACAACAACAGCAUCAACAACACCAUCAACAACUUCCACAGCAACACCAUCAACAACUUCCACGACAACUCCCACAGUAUCACCAUCAACGACUUCUACAACAUCAGCAUCACCAACACCAUCAACAACUUCCAUAGCAACACCACCAACGACUUCCACAACAAUAUUAUCAACAACUUCCACAGCAACACCAUCAACGACCUCCAUAGAAUCACGUUCAGCAACUUCAACAGUUAAAACCCCAUUGAUAUCUUCCACAGUAUCACAUUCAACAAAUACGUUAGCACCAACAGCAUCAACAAGUUCAACAGAAACAACAACAUCAACAGAAAAAACAUCAACAGAGACGACACCAUCUAUAACGACGACUCCAUCUAUACCAGCAAAGCCACCAUCAACAAUAGCAUCGACCUUAGUACUGUCAACCCAUUCGUCAGCGAUAAUAACAUCUCCAUCAGACACAACAUCAACAGCAUCUUGGACAACUUUGACAGGAACAAUACCACCAAUAACCUCGAAAUUAACACUGUCUUCAACGACUUCUGCAACACGAACAGCCUCAACAACACUUCCAAGAGCAUCCUCCACAACACCUUUGACAACCAAGCAGCAAACAAUCAUCAUAGCUUCCUCGGCAGUGGUUGCAAUCAUUGCAAUAGUUAUUGUCGUAUUUAUCAUAAAGAAGUACUGCAUCAAGAAAACAAACACAGCUGGCCCGGAGCUCUAUGAGGGCAAUAUACAGUAUCUAGAUACGCCUGAUGGUGCAAAGAAAAGCUCACUAUUCAUCAACUUUGAUUCUUCAAUUGACGGAGGUACUAAGUGCACACUUCCCUCUCGACCACCAUCCGCAACUUCUUAUCAUUCAACAAGUAUCCAGAAACUCCCCUCUACUACCGACCUCAAAGGAAUUUACAAUGAUGGAUUCAAAGACAGAUCUCAGCUAUUCAGAGCAUCUCCAGGAAAUAUGUCAUAGAAAUAUAGUUCAAUGAGUUCCUGGAAUAUGGAAUAGAGAUGUUGUAUAUUGAGUUCCUCAUUCUCAUAAUCUGGAUUUGAUGUGUACCUUAUUAAUAUACACAUUUAUAUUUCCGUCUUUAUAUAAUAUGAUUUUUAGAAAUUAACGCAAGAAGCACUAUUAUUACCGCACAUGUUUUCGUUGUUCAGGAUAUAUCUUUAUUUCAACAAUUUUAGGUCAACCCCCCAAAAACAGCAAUCUUGAAAAUACUAUCGGACUAUAUUUCAUCACGUGUGCUUCACUAUAUGUUUGCUAUCUUCUAACACAUGGUCGAUAAUUGUGCAUACCCUUCUCCAAAUCGAACCCUACGCGAACCUUUAUCUGAAUAUAAGUCUCCUAAAGUGACAAGGGGGAUUAGAGUGAAAACUUACCAAAAGAAUGUUUUGGUAUAUUGUUAGUAGAUCCAUAUAUUUAUACUGUCUUUAUAUCAAAUUAACAUCGUGUGUUCUUUUUUCUGCAAGCAAACAUCGCUAUUCGAUUUAUUUUCACCAACCAUUUCAGGGACGAUUGUGACGCAAACAAUCUAUUGACCAUUCUAACCACACGUAAUGAGAAAGAUUGUUAAUGAUUUAUUUAUAUGCAUUUACAUAUAGCCUUUGCAUAAUUCUCACCAAUAACAUAAUCGAAAUAUCAAACAAGUGGUAGAUGUCACAAAAAUGAUCUAUGGAUAUAACGAAAUGAAAAUCACUAUAGUAACUAUUAUAUUUGCUGCUUCCCUUUGCAUCAUCGUAAAAUGAUUGAUUUUCUUGCAGAAAAAGCCUUCUUUUUUAUGACCACAACAAUUCAUAACACCAACCAACUUCAUUUAUCUGGUGUAAUGUUUUGAUAUACUCCGAAUGGAAUAAUGAAUAUUCAUUAAACUAUGUAAUUGCAUCACGAGUUGUCUGGUACUGGUAUAUUUGUAAGAACCAGUUUACGGUGGAAAACGACAGCAAUCACACCUGGAUCCCAUUGUUGUAGCAUACAUUUUUUUUUCUUUGUAUAGAAUAUAUAUCUCAUACACCCACCUAUCCCAGGUAAAUGGAUUCUAUUAGACUUUCGUGUCCCAGUAUAUCGUUCCCUCCAUUGAGCAAAGGAAGUGUAGAGUUUCCCCCUGGACGGAAAAAUAUCAUGCAUGACAGAGACCCCCCUCUUUAAUUGUUUCAAUCACAAACUUCGGUGUCCUUUAUUUCUUUCAUACUAGCACGUGUACUUCCAGUUUGAUGAUUUUAUACAUGCGAGUGAAUUACACUUGAUUACACUUGAUUUAUGUGACGUCUCUAAGUGUAUUGUGUUUCGUUUCAACUACGCUGAUAAGUAAUCAUACUACACAAUAAAAGCUUCUAAUUUCAAAA